AUGGAGUACUCCAUCGCCUUUCGACCAGCGAAGCAGGAAGAGGAUGAUUUGCUAUCCAGGAUACUUGCCAAUGCAUUUCUGCCUCUCUGGAAUCACAAUUGGUUUCACGGCGUGUCGGAGCCGCUAGAUCCUGUCACCAUUGGCAACUUCGGCAGUACACCUCCACCGAUGACAAGACAUCAAAAUUCUCGAAUUCGAUUUUACAGGAGUUUGAUAAGGCUGGUGAGGUUGUUGGACGGACCAGUCAUGGUUGCUGAGGUCUCUGCUUCGGAAAACGCCAAUGACACGGCAAAGGAGAUCGGAGCCGUUCUUCUCUGGCUCCCUCCCUCAAAACGACUUGGUCCUUUCGAUGUCUUGAAGCUAUGGCAAUCUGGAUUGUUGUCAUUGACUUUGCCCUGGCACUAUGGCCCGACGGGACUCUAUCGCAUUGAGAUGGUCUUCGAGUCCAAUAUCCAGUCAAUGUGGGCAAAAACUCUCCCCGACUUACCUCCUAAUGGCUGGAAGGAACAGGAUUGUGGGUUUGUGCAGAUGCUUGCAAGUAAUCCCAAAUAUGCGGGCAAGCGUUUUGCAUCGGCACUGCUGAAAGACCAGAUUGAACAGCAUUUUGCGCAAUAUCCUGAUCGGCCCGUCAUCUUGGAUACAACCACGCUUCAAGGUAUUCGGGCAUACGAAAAACUUGGCUUCAAACUUCUUAGCGAAACUCCUGUCAACACAAAGACAGAUGCAAAAGGGAUCCGAUUGAAGGCAGAUGCAAGUGAAGAAGUCAAACGACAAGCCAGAGAGACGUGCAUCCAAAGAGUUAUGGUAAAGCUCCCUUGA